AUGGUGAUAGCUUUAACAAAUAUCAAAUCUUMUGGUUUUCUGUUGUGUGUAACAGAUAACGGAGUGAUCAGUGUGCAGUCAGCCCUGUAUGGACGAGCUGACCGACGGAUCUGCAGUGAGGGCAAGUCUCCCCAGCAGCUUGCCAACACACAGUGCUCUCAAGAGGGCGCUGUGGACAUCAUCAAAAACAGGUGUGAUGGCAAGAGGGUUUGUGAGUUCAACACGGGUGACGUUCGCAGCCUCGAUCCCUGCGUCGGCAUCGCCAAGUAUCUGGAGACCAAUUACACCUGCCUCCCAGCAAAUCGUCUUGUCACAUGUGAACACUCCUAUGCACAUUUGAAUUGUGAUUACGGGCAGGUCAUAUUUGUCUAUGGGGCCGACUACGGACGCCGAGACCACACCACCUGCUCGUACAGACGACCUGCCUCUCAAACUGAAAACGUUUACUGCUCAAACCCCACCAACAUAGUGGCUCAAACCUGUAACGGGAAAAACAGCUGCACAAUCAGAGCCCGCAACUCAGUUUUUGGAGACCCGUGCAUAGGCACAUUCAAGUACCUGGAGGUGGCUUACACUUGUGAAUAUUUUUGAGUGACUUCAGAAAGAUCUGCAUGACCAACACAAGAAUUGGAAAACACAUUGUUAGCACAUACAAGAUUUUAUUUCAAGUACAAAAUCAUACCCAGAUUAGUAUAGGUCAUGCUAAUGUUUAAGGUCUGUAAUUGGACCAGAUUAUUUGAUUAGAUUUUUUUCAGCARAUGUUGGCAAGUGUGUUUGGUUCCCAUUGAGGARUUACAUUACUCAGGUCUGCUUAAAGAAUUAAAACUGUCAAGAAAUAAAACAUUURGCAUCUGU